GCCUCACGGACAUGCAGCCCUGAGUGGUGCCAGCCCUGCCCUGCACACCGUGAGAACCAUGCUCGCCCGCAUCUUCUCAGGGACCAGGGAGCCUCGGACACAUCUUAUCAAGAGAUAGCAGCGCUCGCCUGAGCCAGAAUCAGACAAAACUAAAACUGGCACAGCUGCACGUGUGCACAAAAACCAAGGGCGGAAUUCGACUACGGGUCCCUCGCUUUACACUAUAAAUGCCUGGAGCCUCCCCGAGCCCAGGGACUCUCCGGAACGGCAGCGGGCGGCGCGGCGGCAUCUGCCCCGAGAGCAGGGACACCUCCAAGGCUCCUUCUCGAGGCUGAGAGACCCUCUGCCCGGCAUCAGACACCUGCUGCGAGGAGACGGGCCCUGCUGGCCAUACAGCAGCACCUGGCAUCAGUGGAACGAUGUUGUGCCCAGAGGAAGAGGAUACCCUGGCAGAUGAGGACCUGAUUGACUUUCUCCUGAACAAUGAUGCUCCCUGCCCUGAAAUCACAGAGCAGGAGAAUGGUCUUCUGGAAGACUGGACCGUGCUGGAGCCUGAGCAGUUCCUGGAUAAAGAGAUUGAUGACUUCAUCAGCUCCCUGCUGAGCCCCUUCGAAGAUGAACCAAGCACACUGCAGAGUUCUUCACCUGCUGACAGUGACAGUGGGGUCUCUGAGGAUCAACACCUGUCCCAUAGUCCCGGAAGUGAUCUUGCUGGCAGCACAAACAUUGUGCAUGCUGAUCACAACUAUUCCCUUCAUCAGGACUGGCCUGUGCUGGAAAGUGUGAGGUCUGAAAUGUCAGAAGGAGAUGUUUCCAUUGAUGUUGAGAUUUGGAAGGAUUUAGAAGGCACAAGCAAGGCACUGGAAGAGAGCUACAGUUUACCCAUUGCUGUUGCUGUGGAUGCUGGACCCCAGCUUGUGCCUGCAGCCUUUGUGCAGUCCGACUUCCCAGAGCUGGUCCUGACAGAGGAGGAGAAGCAGCUCCUGAAGAAAGAAGGUGUUGCAUUACCAACCUGCCUGCCACUGACCAAAGCUGAAGAGCGGCUCCUGAAGAAAGUACGUCGCAAGAUUCGGAACAAGCAGUCAGCCCAGGAUAGUCGCCGCAGGAAGAAGAUCUAUGUGGACAAUCUGGAAAACAGGGUGGCCGCCUGCACAGCUCAGAACCACGAGUUGGAGAAGAAGGUGCAGCUGCUGCAGGAGCAGAACAUGUCCCUGCUCAAGCAGUUGCGGAAGCUGCAGGCCUUUGUGAGCAGGUCCACCACCAAAACUACUACAGGAAAAACCUGCAUCAUGGUCGUGGUUCUGUCCUUCUGCCUCAUUCUGUCCCCCAGCAUCUGCUUGUUUGGGAACAGAGAGACACAGCCAGAGCUCAGAGUGCUGUCGCGGCAGAUCCGUGAGUUACCAAACCAGGCAGCACCUGAGGUGCAAGUGAAAACUGCACUGGAGGGGCUCAGCCCGGAGCCUGAGGAGCCCUUGCUGUCAAGCAGCCUCAAUCAAUCAUGGGAAGAGGGACUGAGUCUACUCAACCCCGAUGCCAGAUCUUCUUUCAACAGCAACUCAUCCUUUGACCCUCCGGAGGCAGCAGACUCCAAGCGGGGCCCUUCCCAGCCUCAAGAGCAGGGCUCCCAGAGGAACCCUUUGCAGCCUGAUGUGCCGGUGGUGUGGAAAGCCAAGAGGCAGGAGUGGGUGGAACGUGCUGCUAGAGUUGUCAUCCAGCAGCACCAUAGCGAUGAGAUGUGACCACCACUGCCUCCUGCUCCUCGGGGUGAUGCUGGGCACCUUGCUGGGCAGGGACAAACAGCUGCAUUAACAGAUGAUCUCUCAAAGCAGAUUCUUCUCAAUACUAUCCUGAUUGCUGGCAGCACUGAGGAUUUGCCGGGAGGGAAUAAUUUUGGGGCUGACCUGUUCUGAUACUCUGCUCUGUGUACCUAUAGCUGGACUCUCUCUGAGGUGGUGUAGGAAACUCUGGGAACUUUUCUAUGGCUGCUGAGGGGAGCCUGCAGCCCAGGCUGUAUCCUGUGGCUGUCAGGGAUGGGCAGUGGCAUGGAGAAUGAAGGCAGUUGAGCCCAAGGUGUCUGUGCUGUGUUAGGCUGGAUGCAGUUGGUGGAUGCUGCUGCCUUGCUUCCCUGCCCAGGUGGAAAUGAACAGGCUGGGUCCUGCACUUCUUACUGUGUUUGGUGACUGCAAGCAUCUGUCCCUUGUCUCUUCCCCUUACUCCUGCAGUGUUGCCUGAUUUCUAGGUGUGAGAUAGCAAGCUGACCUUCAGUGCCCUGACAGGGAGUUGUCCUGCCACUGUGACAGACCCUGCGUGUCACCUGUUCCUGCUAGCUUUUGAGCCAUGGGCACAGCUCCUAGCCUGGCUAGAGAAGGUAAUGUGGAGUCCUUCCUGAGCCAUGUCUGCUGUUGCCCUUCCAUUGCGGCUGAGCCUUUCAUCUCCCACAGCCCUGGGAGUGGGGCACCUGGGCAUGGGGGAGAAGGCAUGCCUCAGAGUGGGCUGCUGAGGCAGUGUGCAGCAGAGAGCAGCAGAGCUGUUUGCUCUUCUGAAAGCUUUCCUGGCCACAGGGCUGUUCCUUGUGUGCCUGAGCUUUGCCACACUAGCCAGUGAUGCAGUCAGCUGGCUCUGGUCACUUCCCAGGGCUGAGCAGAAACACUUCAAGCUGGCAAGAGGUGUCUUUAUUUCAGUGCGUCAUAGUGGUACCAGCUGAGCAUCUCUCCUCAUCCUAUUUCUGUACACAUCAUAUAAUCAUACUGAAUUAUUUGGGUUGGAAGGGACCUUUAAAGCUCAUCUAGUCCAACUCCCCUGCAAUGAUUUCCUUUUUAAUAACAUCUAAAUAAAUAGCUAUGGUCUGUGA